AUGAAAUCCACCGAAAAAAAUGCCGACUGUCCGUUCUGUGCCACCCAAUUCAGCCAUCGAUCCUCGCUUAUGCGCCAUCUAAAGAACAAGUGUAACAAAUCUCAACAGCAGAAUCAAAGACGCAAAUCCUGCCAUCAGUGUGUCGCCGAUAAAGCCAGGUGCAACUUGAAACGCCCCAGUUGCUCUCGGUGUUCUAUGCGAAGCAUACCCUGUCAAUACUCCAGCGCUGAUACAACCGACACUCCGGAAGUCGAGAAUACCGAGGUCUUAAUCAACAAUGAUGCCGCGACCCUUUCUUUACCGCAGACAUCACUCAUGAUCCAGCCACAAGAGCUCCAAUCAAUCUUCGAUCCUAAUUUAUUUGAUUCCUUUUUCUCAGGUCUAGGUCCCUGGGAUUCUACACAGCACACAAGUCUUGCCUUGCGUUCUCCACAGCCCGCCACGAGCCUGGAAUUCCUAUCUCUUAAUAACAGCAGUGGAUGCGAACCACUAGAGCUCAUCCGAGCUAUCUCCACCCCAGGUCCUCGGUCGGAUUCGCCAGCAGAAACAAAUUCUAUUGCCCUGGCAAAUCAUAGCAUGGAGCUUAUAUUCCGAGUUCUUCGAACUUGGCCAAGAAUGCUCGCUGAAGAGUUUCAACUUCCUCCUAUUUUCCACUAUACCCAAAUUACACCAAAUAAAACCCUACCAUCGCCACUAGCAAAGUGCAUAACACUGACCAAAAUGUGGCACGGACAAUGCGAAGGUGCGGAAGACAUGGUGCGCAAAACAAUUCUAAAGGAACUAGACAGUAUCAUAGAUCAGUCUGAACAACUCGAUGAGACAACCUUGUUAGCAGUCCUACAAGCAGUGGUCGUGUAUACGAUCAUUCUGAUCUCUCCAUCAGCGAGGUCACCACGCCCCCUAGUUGACCAUAACAUCAUCUUCCGUAAAGUGGAACUGCUAGUCUAUCAUGUGGUCCAUGCAGGUCUAUUCCUUCAGGAAGAAAGGACACAAAUGAGACCCUCAUGGGAAGCCUGGGUACACGUAACAUCGAAGCGUCGUGCGGUACUUGCCUUAUAUCUUCUCCACUGGGCAUACUCGGUGUUGCAUAAGGUCCCUUGUUUUGACUGUAGGGACCUCGGAUUCAUGCCUGCGCCAGCGGCAAAGGUGCUUUGGCAGGCACAGACAGAGCAAGAAUGGAACACUCGUUAUAUCCAUUGGCUGUCGCGGUGGAGCGGUCGGGGGUAUCUGCAAGCUGAAUUUGGUAAGAUCAAACCAGGCGUCGUGAUGGAUUCGCGAGCGGAACGUUGGUUGGAAGAAGCUGAUGAAUUUGGAUUCAUCAUGAUAUCGAUAGUAGUGAUUAACGAGGGAUUUAGGCUGACUUCUGUAGUCAACGCUACUGAGUUUGAUCCGCCGGCACUUAAGCCAUUGGCUUGUUGA